AUGAGCCAACAACCGACUACCACUACUGAAACAUCAUCAUCUUCAACAACAACAGAAUCAAAGAAUGUUUGGGUUCCGGAAAAGACCAGAAAGGGUGAUUUAAAAACAAACAAAAUUUUUGAACAAUAUUAUUUCGAUCAACAAAGAGUUGUUGACUCACAAGAGGAAUUAAAGGAUAUGGUGGAUGCUUUUAGAAAAACUUUACCAAUUUCUUUCAGAAUUAAUCAAUCAAUUCCAAAAUCUAGUCAAGAAAAAUUAAAACAAAAGAUUAGGAAUUUUGCUGAAGCUAUUUCUAAAAUCAGAAUUGAUGACAGUGCAGUUUCUCAAUAUCUUCAUGAACCAUCAAAGGUUGAAACAGAACCAGAAUAUGCCUCUUUAAAACCUGUUCCAUUUAUUCCUGAUGAUCUUGUGUGGCAAAUGCAUGACCAUGUUACAAAGAAUUUAUUAAGAAAACAGCCAGAAUUUUCUGAAUUUAGAAAUUUUUUAAUGAGAGAAACUGAAAAGGGUAAUUUCUGUAGACAAGAAGUUGUCAGUAUGUUACCACCAUUGAUGUUUACAAAUUGGAAACCAUCUGAUAAGGUUCUUGAUAUGUGUGCUGCUCCAGGUUCUAAAACAUCACAACUUGUGGAAUUACUCUAUCAAAGUAGUGGAGGAGAUUCAAAGAACAUUUCGGGAUUUGUUAUUGCCAAUGAUAAUGAUGUUAAAAGAGCUUAUUUAUUAGUUCACCAACUUCAAAGAUUGAACUUUUUAUUCCCACAUUUGAUGAUUACAAAUCAUGAUGCUACAAAGUAUCCACAAUUUACUACUGAACCAAAACUCAAAUUUGAUAAGGUUCUCUGUGAUAUCAUGUGUAGUGGAGAUGGUACCAUCAGAAAAUCACCACAAGUUUGGAGACAAUGGAAGGCAAAUAUGGGUCAUGGUCUUCACAAAUUACAAGUUGAUUGUGUUUUGAGAGCUUUUGAUAUGUUAAAUGUUGGAGGUGAAAUUGUAUAUAGUACAUGUACAUUAAAUCCUAUUGAAGAUGAAGCUGUAGUUGCUGAAAUUAUUAGAAGAACAAAGGGAAAGCUUGUUUUACAAGAUUUAUCUUCUAGAUACCCAUCAUUAAAGUACAAGCCAGGUAUGACAAAUUGGGUUGUUACUUCAAAGAAAGGAGAAUUAUUACCAUCUUUCGAAUAUGCCCGUAAAUAUAACUCUGAUAACAGAAUUACUGAAAGUGAAUUUGCUAAAGAUGAUGUUAAGGAUAUGAAUAUGCAUUACACUAUGAGAAUUUUACCAAAUCAAAAUAAUACUGGUGGUUUCUAUAUUGCUCACUUUAAGAAGGUUGCCGAUUUGGAUGAACCAAUUUCUGAAUAUAAUGAAAAUACUGAAGAAACAAUCAAACAAUUCAAGGGAAGAGGUAUUCAAAAGGAUACUAUUCAAUCUAUGGAACCAGAAAAACUUGAAAAAAUUCUUGAUUUUUAUGGUGUUAAUAGAGAUAACUUCAAGAAUGAACAAUUUUGUCUUAGAACUACUGACAGUGCCACAGAACUUGACAGUGUCAGAAAAGUUAUGUAUAUUUCUCCAUCCGUUCGUAAAUUUGUUGAACAUAACAUGAAUGAUGGCCAACAAUUUAACAUUAUCAACUGUGGUAUUAGAGUUUUUGCUAGAAAUAAGGCUCAAUUUUUGAGAUGUCGUUAUAGAAUGACACAAGAAGCUGCAACAUUACUCUGGGAUAAUACUAACUCACACAGAAAAAUUGAAUUGAAUCGUGAAAACUUUAUCAAAUUCUUAGUUGAACCUCAAGUUUCACCAAAGAUUUUCGAAGAAAAUGGUCAAAAGGAAGAAGCUGAAAAAAUUUCACAAAUGGAACCAGGUGGUGUUUUAGUUAAGAUUAAAGACGAAGAUGAAGAUUCUCAUGACAACAUUGUUGUCAUUGGUUUUAAGGGAAAUAUUACAAUUUCUAGACAUAUCAAAUACGAUCAAGUUUCAAUUGUACUGAAAUCUAUUGGUUGUGAUAUUGAACCAAAGAAGAAAAAGAUAACUCUUGAAAAGACAACAGAAACAGAAGAAGAAAUCGAAGAUAUUGAGGAUGAUGAAUAAAUAAUAAUCUCUUUGUUC